AUGUGUGAACAAGAAUGCAAGCACGAAGACACCAUGUGCAACGUGCCAUAUCGAAGUGCUGUCGGAGGCAUCAUGUAUCUCAUGGUCGCCACACGUCCGGAUCUAGCUGCUGCAGUGGGAUCAUUAUCCCAGUUCUCGUCCGACCCAUGCCCGACUCACUGGCAAGCUUUGAAGCGUGUGCUGAGAUACCUGCAAGCAACGCCCAAUCAUGGUCUUGAGUUUACACGUGAAGAAGGAAGCCGUAUCUGCGGGUACACCGACGCAGACUGGGCCGGCGGCAUUGAGUCAAGACGAAGUACAAGCGGCUAUGUGUUCAUGAUGAGCGGAGGAUGCAUCAGCUGGAAAAGCCAGAAACAACGGACGGUCGCGCUAUCUUCAACAGAAGCAGAAUACAUGGCGCUUUCCGAAGCAACCAAAGAAGCAGUAUGGCUCAAAGUGCUUUUGGGGGAACUUGGUGAGAUGACAAGCGACGAAGCGAUUAAGAUGUAUGAAGACAACCAAGGAUCAAUCGCUCUCGCCAAGAACCCGGAGUUCCAUAAGAGAACAAAACACAUCGACAUACGCUACCAUUUUGUGCGUGAGAAGGUGGAAUCAGGUGAAGUCGUUUUGGAGUAUUGCCCGACUCAAGAUAUGCUGGCAGACAUGAUGACCAAGCCGAUCGCCGCUGUACAAUUUGAAAACAUUCGCGAUCGACUUGGGAUCCAAGGUGCCGCAGCUAACGAGUCGAGAGGGAGUGUUGAAAAGACAGCGGCUGUGAAGAAGACACCUCGUCAAGCUGCGUCAAGUGUUGAAGCAAGUGGAAGACCAAGCUUCGCUAUACCGGUGGGUACCGGUAUGUACCAGUAA